CUGGAAAAACUAUGCAUGCAGUUUUUAUAUUCUCUUCUUAUCCAGUUGUGUUCUUGUUCUCGCUCUCACUCUCUCUCACUUUCUCUCUACACACACACACACACACACACACACACACACACUCUCAUAAACAUCUGGAAAUAAUCUUUCUUCUCACUGCCCUUUAGAGUUUAGUGCUUCUUCCAGACGACAUGGAAUUGUUUUUUUGUGCCUUUCAAAGCAAGAGAUUAUCAUUGUUUGUAUCUUGUGGCACUACCCUGAAUCUAUAAAACGGCGCUGAGCAUGGCGUGGCCCAGGGGCUCCCUGCUGGCUCUCUGGCUGCUUUUGACUUUGAGCUGUGGGCUGGUGAAGUGCCAGAACGAGGACAAGGAGGAGGAGGAGGAGGAAGAGGAGGAAGAAGAGGAGACAACCCCCUCUGUUGGGCAGGAGGUGCAGGCCUGUCCCCUGGACUGCACAUGUGACCAGGAGGACAUGGUGGACUGCGGGGGUGUGGAUCUCAUAGAUUUCCCCAGCGGAGUACCAGAGACCACACGACACCUCUCCCUGCAGAACAACCAGAUCAAUAAGGUCACUCUGGAGGAACUCUCCCGGCUGCACAGUCUGGAGACUCUCAAUCUGCAGAACAACAGACUCACUUCUGACGGAUUAGAAGAUGAAGCCUUCGAACUGCUGGACAGCCUGCAAUAUUUAUACUUGUCGAACAAUAAGCUCACAGUGGCUCCCAAAUACCUUCCCCCUUCGCUGGUCAGUGCAGACUUUGCAGCGAACCAGCUGACCAGGAUCUACCCCUACACCUUCGGGCAGAAGUCUGGCCUCAAGUCAGUGUAUCUCCAUAACAACAAGCUGACGGACGCAGGGAUGCCUGAUCAGAUGUUCAAUGGAUCUGACAGCCUGGAAGAAUUAAUAUUAUCCAGCAACUUCCUUAAAUACGUUCCCAAGAACCUCCCUCCUGCCCUGCACAGGCUCCACUUAAGGAACAAUAAGCUGGAGAAGAUUCCUAAGGGAGCAUUCGACAGCCUGUCCAAACUGCGGGAGCUGUACCUGCAGAACAACCACCUGAGCAACGCUGGGAUGGACAACGAGACCUUCUACUACCUGAACAGCCUGGUGUAUCUGGAUCUCUCCUACAACAACCUGAGCGUGGUCCCCAGCGGGCUGCCACGGAACUUAGUUCUGCUGCACCUGGAGAAGAACGCCAUCAGGAGCAUCCCGGCUAUGGUGCUGAGUCCCGUCCGCAACCUGGAGUACCUGCUCCUGCACAACAACAAGCUGCGCUGGCAGGCCAUCCACCCUCAGGCCUUCCAGGGGCUGAAGAAGCUGCACACCCUGCACAUGUACAACAACCAGCUAGAGCGCAUCCCCCGGGGGCUGCCCCGCCGCGCCAAGACCCUCAUGCUGCUCCACAACCAGAUCACCGAGAUCAGCCGCAACGACCUGGCCACCGCCUACACUGUCACCGAGCUCAACCUCAGCUACAACAAGCUGACCAGCCCCAAGCUGCACAGGGAGGCCUUCCGCAAGCUGCGCCUGCUCCUGAAUCUCGACCUGUCCGGGAACAGCCUGCAGACCUUCCCCACGGGGCUGCCCAAGAGCCUGCAGGUCCUGAAGCUGAAGGACAACGAGCUGGCCGUCAUCCCUGAUGGAGCCCUGUCCGGCAUGGGCAAGCUCAGGGAGGUGUACCUGAGCAGCAACAAGCUGAAGGUGAACUCCAUCUACCAGGGGACCUGGCAGGAGCUCACCAGCCUGAGCACGCUGGACCUGUCCUCCAAUCAGCUGUCCCACAUCCCCUCGGACCUCCCGGAGUCUCUGGAGUUCCUCCACCUGCAGAGCAACUUCAUCAGCAGCAUCGCGGAGAGCGCCUUCGAGAGCACGCCCAACAUCAAGGGCAUCUUCCUCAGAUUUAACCGGCUGGCUGUGGGCGCGGUGAAGAAAAACGCCUUUGUGAAUCUCAAGAGCCUGCAGGUCCUGGACCUCGGGCCGUCCAUGGAAAUGCCAGGGAUCAUCUCCAAGAACGAGGAAGGACAGCGGUCAGAGGAGGAGGAGGAGGAGGAAGAGCUGGACUAGAACGACUAGAAUAACAAACAACGGACUGAGUCUAAAUCUCAAGAGCCUGAUUGGAUCCACAUGCACAGCCUUCAAAGAUUAUCCAAACCAAUAGGGGGCUGUUUUUCUCUCAAUGCCUAAAAAAAGUCUUCAUACCAACCUGUUGGGAACCUGUUUGGAAGUUCAGUGAACAGCACACAAGCAGAUACUUCUGUCUCAAGAGUCUGAAAGAUACUUUUCUGACUUUAGAAACAUUAUAUUGCCUUCUCUGCGUGCAUCUUUCGAGGACAACUUCCUCUCUGUAUUCAGCAUGUUUUCUACCUUUCACUUCUAAACAUUAAGGGAUUUACUCAUAUCAAGCAAACCUCUUGUCCCCACCUCUGCAAUACAAAAACGAUUAGCACAAUGAAACCAGUGAGGAUUGAGCAGCCACCAGCAGGUACAAAUGGCUAGAAAGCCGCGAUGAUGAAGGGGAUUAAGUUGGCAAACAUGAUGAAGUAAUCCUGAUGCAUCUUUGCCAUGUGACAAUGAUGCCUCCACAUUUGCAGUUUCACAGGGAAGCUGGGGCAGGCAUGAAUAGACUUUCCAUAAAGCAAACCCUGCUUAUCUGAGACAAGACGGAACUGACCUUCCUUUUUAUAUAAAUAAUACAUUCUUUUUUGCGGGAAGCUGUUCUGUCGUUCAUUUUAAUACAAUACAACACAAUACUAUUUCUUUUUAUAUAGCUCCCUUCAAGGCAUGGCAUCCCAGAGCGCUGUACAAAUGUACAAAACAGAACAAGGGAGCUCAUGUGUACAAUACAGUCCAGCUACAACCAAUUAUAGAAAUGCACAUUCAAAAAGUUUUCAAUUUAGACUUAAAAGAAUCCAACCUACCUAAUGUCAGCCAGAAUAGAGUUCCAACUUACUCGCUGUAUUCAGCAUGUUUUCUACCUUUCAGUAUCAAGCAAACCUCCUUCCCCACCUCUGCAAUACAAAAGCGAUAAGCCCAAUGAAACCAGUGAACAGCCACCAGCAGGUACUAACGGCUAGAAAUUUCAGAAUUGGAAUUCUCAGAACACAUCUGAAUGGAAUUUCAGAAUUGGAAUUCUCAGAACACAUCUGAAUGGAAUUUCAGAAUUGGAAUUCUCAGAACACAUCUGAAUGGAAUUUCAGAAAGGUCUCCACAUUUGGCUCUGUCAGAAUUAGGACCAGGGCUGCUAUCAGUUAGAAUGGACUUGCCUUUCCUGGAAUUAGCUUCUUACUGAUGCAAAGUCUGUAGAUGGAUACAUUCUGUGACCUUUUUAAUAUUUCUUUUUUUGCAGCAUGUUAAAGUUAAUAUAACUUGUGCAAGCAGAUAACAACAAUCCUCUUACCUUUUCAUGAGGGAAGGUUUCAGCGCUGUUCUCCCAAUACCCAAUGCUCUACACCCACCAUCUUUACAUUGAAAUACUGUGUCUGCAACUUAUAGAAUUACCAAUGAAGUAACGCUAACUCACUCACCAUGCAUUAUUACUAGCCACAAGGAAAGGAUUUCCACAAAGCUUAUCAAUGAUUUAUACAGUGUUACCUUUAUUAUUUGUUGUCCACAUUUUAUUGUGCAGUUUGUAGUGGAAACAAAGGUGAAAAAAAGAAAAACAUACAUUUGUAACUUGGUAAAUAAUAUCUACAAAUAUAUCAAAGAAUUAAAAAUGAUUUAAUGAAUGAAUGAAUGAAUGCUUAUGACCCUGGGAAACCCUGCUGCUGUCACUAGAGCAUACUGGCGUUAUUUUUUCUUUUGCAGUUUUGGAUUAGUUUAGCCCCCAUUAUGGGGAGAGUCUAAAGCCUUGUGGCUUGCAACCCUUUACAUUGAACCUCUCAUUUACAUAGUAGCUACUUAGUAUAUACAUGUGCACUUGCACACAAUUGCAAGGGUUAGGGUUAUAUCGUGCAAAUAGAAUUACACAUGAAGUACAUUGUAACUAUGCUUAAUAACAUUGUAAUGAUGUGUAAGUGCACAUGUAUUUACUCUGUAACUACACUGUAAAUACACAGGAAUUAGAGAUGCUUCAUGUAAAGUGUUACCGAAGGCUCUGCCUGGAGUUGAGGCUCUAUAAGAAUUAAAGUCAGUUCUGUAUGAAUGUGGUUUCUUCACAAACAUUAUUAUAUACUUCAGGGUGUGAGUUUUAUAUACUUCAGGGUGUGUGUUUUAUAUAUUUCAAGUUGACGAGCAAUUUACAGAAGCAUUUUCCCAAGAUUGUUCAGCUGUAUAUUACACAUCAAAUAAACAAACCUUUGCGUAUA